AUGCAAACUAAAAAAGAAGCUAGUUCAUUUAUAUAAAAGUAAAACAGUGUCAUUUAGUUUUGUAAUUAGUAGGAUCGUCUUAAAGAAAGCUUAGAAGAAGAAAAUUUUAAAGAAUCAUAGUAAUUCAACACUGAAAACUAAAAAUUAUAAAAUGAAUAUGACUAUCAAAGUACUCCAAAAAAUAGUUGUGACAUUAAUAAAAAGAAUAUAAAAUGGAUAAAUUCAAUGAAAGAUUCCCAAGAAAGAUAGAAACUAAAAAAAUAAAACACCUUAAACAGCCAAAAAAAUAGGAACCAAUAGGAUUAGUUUUAAAGCUUUAAUAGUAGAGGAAAACGAUCCGUUUAUAAAAAAGAUAAUUAUAGUCCUUAAGAAAGCUAAAUUCAAAAAGAAAAUUAGCAAGCGGAAAUAGAUAAUAUAGAUAAAAAGUCUAUUGGUCAAUUAAAAGAACAUACUGAAAUUUAGACUCCCUCAAUAUAAUAAAAUGAUGAAAAAACAUCAGGGCAAAAAGAUUGCAAUUUUGAAGUAGAUGAUGAAAGUACUUACGUUAUGUUUUCUCUUUUUCUUUUCAGUAAUGAUAACGCAGUAAGAAUAUUUUGUAAUAGAUUCAUCAAUUCUAGAGUUUAAGCUUUAAUAGAAAUUGCUUUCACUAUUACAAAUGUAAUAGCCCUAAUGCUUACUGACUAUUCAUACAGAAUAUAUGGCAAUAAUUAUUUAGAGUAUGGAUUAAAUUAGGCUAAGUACAUUUUAGAGAUUGUUUCAAAUUCUGUUUUUACUCUCUUAGCUUUAACAAAAAUAAUUUCAAAUGGAUUCCUUUUAGGAAAGAACACAUUUCUGAGAAAAAAAUGGAACAUAUUCGACCUUUUAAUUUUAUCAAGCUCAUGGAUUAGUAUAGAAUAUAAUGAUAUAGAGAUCUUGAAUAUUAUUAAAGUUUUUAGAGUUUUGUUUUUAGUAAGGACUAAUUAAUACAUUUAGCAUUAAGUUGAUUGCUUUGUGGUAGGUUUUAAAGAGCUAUGGAAACCUUUCAUUCCGUUUUUCUCAGUAGUAUUGUUAUACUCAGUAAUAGGACUAUACUUUUUUAAUGGUUUAAUGGAGAGUAAAUGUAGAUAGACUCCUGAUCCUACUUUAGAUCCAUACUCUUGGCCUAUUUUAGAAGAUAGCCCUUAUCUUUGUGGCUAUACAACUUGUCCUGAUGAUAGUUAUUGCCGUAAUCCCUCUGAUUACAAUCUUCCUGAAAUUCCAUCUGAUAACAAUUAUAUAGAAUUAUUUUAUGGAUUUACAAAUUUUGAUACAAUAUGGCAAUCAAUGUACACGGUUUAAAGUUUUUUCACUGUAAAUGGUUGGAGUACAGUGACAGAAAUCUAUUAGAGAGCUUAAAACAAAACAGUCAGUUAGAUUUAUUUUGGAUCUUUAGUUCUACUAUUAGCUCAUAUUUUUGGAAACAUGGUCCUUGCAACUUUGCAUGAAAGCUUUAUGGAACAUCAUAGUAUAAUUAAAGAUGAGGAUGAUAAUUAAAAUUAAAUGAUGAGAAACCUUGAUUUAAAAAUGCUCUUGAAAAAAGAUAUGACUAUGCAAAAAAAAUUUACUUAAGUAAGGCAUUCCCACACAGGGAUCAAGAAAAGGAAAACCCUUUUCAACAAAAUUUUAAGCGAGUUUGCCCAGGAUUCAAGCCAAAAAGAAAGCCAGAAUUUAAAAAAACAUAGCUUUUUCAGUUAAGUCAAAAAUAGCUUAAAACAAAUUUAAAAUUCUUCUAUUUAUGUUAUAAUUAGACAUACAAACAUAUGCCUAUAGAUAGUUGUUUUAAGUUUAGACAGGGUCUCAAUUAAAGAUGAUCAACUCUCAAUCUUGUAUAUAAUUGACUUUAUUACAACUCUUAUACUAUUUUUAGAGAUCACAAUUGAGCUUAUUUCUUUUGGUUGGAAAAAAUACUGGAAAGAGUAGUUAAACAAACUAGACUUGUGUAUAGCGUUGGCUCACAUAAUAAUGUAUUGCAUAGAAACAAAUAAUUAGCUAGAUAUAUUUUUUGCUACUAAUUAAUACAGUAUUUUCAUUCGUACAACAAAGGUAUUAAGAAUAUAUAGACUGAUUUACACUUUAACUAUAUUUUAGAGUAUAAAAGUUAUCUUAAAAACUUAUUCGAAAACUUUAAAGAUGAUAACUGGAUAUUUUAUAGUUAUAUCUAUUCUCAUUACACUCUAUGCUUUGAUUGGGAGAGAACUGUUUUCUUAAAGAGUUCAGUAUGAUGACAUGAUGAUAAACUUCAAUAGUCUCUCGGAUUCUUUUUUAGCUGUACUUCUAUUUUGCUUUGAUGAAGAAUGGCAUAUUGUAAUGUAUCAAUACUACAACUAAAUAGGAUAUAGAAGUAUGAUUUACUGCUUGUUUUGCACAUACACUUGCUCUGUAAUCAUGGUCAGUCUAUUUAUUGCCAUUUUUAUAAAUAAUUUUAUGGAUUGGCUUCGCUUUUUUGAAGAUUAAAUUUACACUUCUUCGCCUUUUAUAAACAGCAUUUUUAAAUUCUUUUCAAAUCUUUAUUGUAGAUUGUAGUAAUAUUUUUUAUAAAAUGGCAGUGAAAAUACAUUAAACUAAAAUAUUGACUUAAAAGAAUAAUAAAUAAAUUAAAUUCCACCUUUAGAAGACUAUGCAUCUAAGUCUGCUUCACAUUAAAAUUUUACAAAAGAAGAAGAACUAUUUAAUAAUAGUUCGCACAAUGUUCAAAAAAUUUCUAAAUUCGUCAAUUCAAACGUUUUGGCUAAUCAUAAAUCAGAAUUUUUAGAAUAGCGAAAAUUUUCAAUAACUAAAUCUAACUAUUAAUAAAUAUCUGUUUUACCUGUAAUUUAUUAAAAAUCUGUAAAUUAAGUGCAUCAUAGUGAAAAAGCGCUAAGUAUUUUUAACAGAAAAAAUACCAUUAAUCAAAUGGUAAGUCCUUAAAACAUAUAAGGAGAUCAUUAGGCAAUAUUAAAUUCCAUAAAAGAAAAAUUCACUGAUUUUGCUAAUUAAGAUACAGGAUCUAAACAAAAUUAAAACAACAAAUCAGAGUUUUAAAAUGUAAUAACUACAAUUAAUGAUGAAUAAAAGGAUGAAAUAAACUAAUUUAUUGAUAAAUAAUCUAAUCAUUAACAACAAGCUUCCAACAGCUAAUUAGAAAAGCAGUAAAUCUAAGAUAAAUAAUAAGAAAAUGAAAUAAAUUUAGAAAACUAAAGUUAAAAAUUAUGUGAAAAUAAAGAGCAAUAUGGAGAUGAUUUUGGAAUAUUGUAAAAUAUAUAAAAUGUUUAAAAAAAUGAAGAUUCUAAAAAUUAAGAAGAAUAAAACAGUGAGUUUGAUUCUUCAAGUUAGCAAUCAAAAGAAAGCUAAUAAUAGAGUAAUUAAAUGAAAGAUGAUAAAUAAACAGAAAUUUAUAUCUAACAAGCAUCAGCAAAACGAUUCUCUUUUUUCAUUUUUUCUGCCUAAAGUUGUUUUAGGAUUUACUGCAAGAAAAUAGCAGAUCACUCUUUAUUUAAUAAAUUAAAAAUAGUUUUAUUAUUAUCAUUUGCAUUAGUUUUGGGUAUUUUAGAUCCUUACUUAGAUAUAUAUAGCUCAUUUGGAAAUUUCUUAAUUUGGGCAGAUUUUUGUAUGAUGAUCAUUUUUAAUAUAUAAACGAUUAUUUACAGUAUAGCAUAUGGUCCUAUAUUAUAUUUAGGUAAUAACUCCUUUGAUUUAAACAUAAAUAACUUUCUAGAAAUAGUAUUUAAUAUCUUUCAUUUCCUUUACUUUCUUCCUUUUUCAAACUAAACAAUCUAUGUUUUGAGGAUCUUUAAAAUUUUCAGACUACUUUUACUCCUUCCGUUCCUAUAAAAUAAUUUUAGCUAAAUCAACUUUGCAGUUCGUGUAUGCAAAGCUUGCUUGCCAAGAAUGUUAAAAAUAAUGAUUUUUGGUAUUAUUUUUGCUUUCAUUAAUAGUGUUUUUGUAACUAAGCUGCUGAAAGCUUAAAUGAAUUUCUGCUAAUAUGAUGAGACAAGCUUCUCGGAUUUUGAGGUGGUGACUGAUAAAGAUUGUAUGGACGUUGGAGGAGACUGGGUUGAAUAUAAAUACUAAUUUAAUAAUGUUUUCUCAAGUAUAGCAGUCUUGCUGAUGGUGCAAACUUCUGAGGGAUGGACACAAAUCAUGGAAUAGUAGUUUAACUAUACUUCUCCAAAUACUUAACCAAAAAAGGAGCAUUAAAGCUUUUGGAUAUUAUUUUAUAUUCAGUUUUAUUGCAUUGCAAAUUUUUGUAUUUUAAAUAUGUUUGUUGGAGUUGUUGUAGAUACAUUCAAAGAAUUAAAAGAAAAUGAAGCAAAACUUGAUAAAUUAACUCCUCAAUAGAAAGAAUGGUAUUACAUUAAAUACUCUAUUUACAGCUUAUCAAUAUCAAAAAAAAUUACUCCUCCAGAAGAUAAAAUUAGCUCAUUUAUAUACGAAACUUUGGAAGAAAAGAAAUACUUAAAAUAUUUAUUUAACUUUUUUACAGUGCUAAAUUGUGCAUCUAUUUUAGGAUAUACACAUAGAUAAGACGAGUAAAAGCUGAACAUUUUAAACCUUAUCAAUUUAUGCUGUAUAAUAACGUUUUGUAUUGAGCUAAUUCUAAACAUGAUCAGUUUAAGAAAAGUUUAUUUUGAAAAGAAAUGGAAUAGGUUUAAUAUUGUGAUGAUAAUUAUGGCGAUUAUCAACAAUUACUUUUAAACGACGAUAAAUUACAAAUCUUAUGAUUAUUUUUAUAAAAUAUUUGGAGGAAUCGCAUGGAGUCUUUAGCUUAUCAAAGUUUAUAGAAUUUUGGCUCAUUUGAAAGUUCUGAAGAAACUACUAAACAGUUUUUUUGGAGCUGUUUCCAACAUUUUUGGAUUGUCAACUCUUGUUUUCCUCUUCCUUUAUGUUUCAGUGCUCUUAGCGAUGAAUCUUUUUCCUUAUAUAAAAAAUUAAAAUACAAUUGACGAUUAUGAUACAAACUUUAAUAGUUUCAUGAUGUCUUUACUAACAUUAAUUAGAAUAUCAACGAGCGAGCUGUGGUUUCCUAUCACUGCGGAGUGCGCAGCUUAGCAAUCAUCUGUUUUUGUGUGUAGAUAAGACAUUUACACAUAUGAUGAUUAUCUUAAGUAUGGUAAAAAUUCAUGUGGAUCUAACCUAUCUUACUUCUUUUUUAACAUAUAUUACUUCGUUUUUACUCUCUUUAUACUCAAUCUUUUAAUUGCUUCGAUCAUACUUUCAUAUAAAGAAGGCUACAUUUAAGAAGAAAGUGCAAUCAAUUUAUAUUAACUUGAUGAUAUUAAGAAAUUGUGGUCUAAUUUUGAUCCAGAAGGUCACGGCUUCAUCAACUAUAAACUGUUUUGGUAAUUUUCUAGUUAAAUAGCAUAAAUAUUUGGUAUAAAGUAAGAAGAUCUUUUGGAUGUAUCUCUAAAGAAAAAGUUUCUUGAAAGACUUAAUAUUCCUAUGUUUGAAGAUCCUUAUAACAAAACGCUGGUCUACAAAUUUCAUGAUGUCAUCAUUAAAUUGGCAGAAAUUUCCCUUAAAAUAAAAUAUUAAAUAGAAAAUCUAGAACCAGAUAAUAAAGAUAUAAAAAGAUAUCACAAAAGAAUGCUUUUGAAGUAAGAAAAGAUAAAGAACGUCUAGUAUUACUAAAAGUCUAUGUUUAGGAGUAGAGACAUGGUUGUUAUCAUAACCAUCAUCAGGAAGAUAAAAGAAUGGAAAAAGAGAUAUUUAGAAAAAGACAAAGACUACUAAAUUUUUGAUAUCAAAAAUUUGACAAAGAGAUUGUAAAUAGUAAAGCAGUAAGAAAUUUAAUCUUAACUAUCGAAUCAAAUCAAAGAAACACAAAAAAGUGAAAGCUUAAUAUAAUAAAAAGAAGAUAAUUAGAUUUAAAACACUGAAUAACAACAACAACCAUUAUUUCCCAAAUCUCAGAAUUAGAAGUGCCAAGAUGAUGAUACCCUCUUUAUUUUGAAAGAAAACUUUUAGACAGAGCCAAUAUCACCAGUUAGGAGAGCAUCAGAAAAUACUAAAACUCCUUUAAGCGCUUUUACAACUAAUUUUGAUAAUCAAACAUCAAAUAAUCCGUUUUAAGAGCAUCAAACCAUAAAUCCAGACAAAGAACUCUAAUAAAAUGAGAUAAUAUGCGAUAACACAGAUGAGUCAAUAGGAAAAAAUGCUUCAUUAUAGAUAUUAGUACCUAAUAAUUAAAUUAAAAGGAAAGCUUCGAUAUUCAAAAAAGAGUAAAGAGUCUUUUAAUAAAAAGAAGAGAAAGAAGAUUUUGAUAUGUCUAAUUAAAACAAAUAAAAUAAAGCCAGAAACUCGCAAUAUCUAUAGGUAAAUGCAUUUAUCAGCAACAUAUAACAGAUAACAAUAGAAAAUUACGAUGACGAAGUUAAUAAUCAAAAUGAAGAUGAAUAAAUAAAUUGA